AUGGAAAGAAAGAUAAGCAAUAAAAUCUUACUCAUUCUUUACAUUGUACGUCGAUGUUUAAGUACAAAAAAUCGUUUCAGUGAUCGACGGCAAAGUUUUCUCUUUCGAAAUUUCGUUCUCAUUGGCAAAGAUAGGCAUAUCAUGUCGACAAAUAAUCAACCCGACUCCUCACUCUCGAAUGAACAAAUCGUGGCUAAUAAUAAUCCAAUUACAACUAAUCAGACAUUAUCAGAAGAUCAAGUACCAACAUCUGGAGAAGUUCUUGAAAUCGACGACGCUCUUGCUGAUCAAAGUGACAGUUGGGAAACCGAUGACGAAGGCGAUUUUUAUACCGAACCAACAACGGGUCGUUUGUCAGAUCAAGAUGAUGAUGAUAAUUUACUUAGUUUAGGCUUAUCUAAACAUCUAAUUGAAUGUUAUCCAAUGAGCACUGCAGAAGAAGCAUCUAUAGUUGGUGUUGUAUGUGAUAUUUGUCUGAACGAAUAUAAAACUCAUGAUAAAGUACGAACGAUUCCAUGUCUACACAGAUUUCAUACCAGAUGUAUCGAUAAAUGGCUUAAGAAAAGUUCGAAAUGCCCAAUGUGUCGAAGUGAUUUAAGGAAACCGAAAUGGUACAAAUCAUAG